CCCACCUCCCUGCCGUGGCCUGGUUGGAGGGCCACGGCGUCAGUCACGGGGACGGUCACCGCCUCUGAGACAGGCAAAAACAUGUGCUUAUGAAACUCGGAAGGUAACACAAGUGGGGAACCCUGGUAUGGAGCAGGUCCGGCCCAAAGAACCAGGCCCGGACCAGAGCGCUCGACUCAGCAGUCACACGGCGACAGGCGCCUGGGGAAAGUCGAUCCCGGAGCCGCGCGUCUCUCGGGGCUGGUUGACCUGGCCGACGUGCACAGCUCGGGUGGCCGCGCGAGCCCGCAGCGAGCAGACAGACGCCCGGCGGCCGCGAGCUGCGCGCGGGUCCCAGCCAGCUCGUACCCAGAAGCUGGCAGCAGACGGCGCCAAGGACUCUUCUGUGCGCCCCGCCGCCUGGCUCUGCCUACCCGCGCUCAGGGGCCACCGCCUCCAGAGCGAUCGCUGCCUCGCCGUGCCCUGCGGGUCCGGGACCAUGAAGCUGCUGCCGUCGGUGCUGCUGAAGCUUCUUCUCGCUGCAGUGCUCUCGGCGUUGGUGACUGGUGAGAGCCUGGAGAGGUUUCGGAGAGGGCUGGCUGCUGCAACCAGCAACCCAGACACCCCCGCUGGAUCUACGGGCCAGCUGCGACCCGCGGGAGGUGACCAUGCCCGAGAAGUCGUGGACUUGGAAGGAUCAGAUCUGGACCUGUACAAAGUUGAUUUUUCCUCUAAGCCACAAGCUCUGGCCACACCAAGCAAAGAAGAGCAUGGGAAAAGAAAGAAGAAAGGCAAGGGGUUAGGGAAGAAGAGAGACCCAUGUCUUCGAAAGUACAAGGACUUCUGCAUUCACGGAGAGUGCAAGUAUCUGAAGGAGUUCCGGGCUCCAUCCUGCAUUUGCCACCCAGGUUACCAUGGAGAGAGGUGCCAUGGGCUGAGCCUCCCAGUGGAGAAUCGCUUAUAUACGUAUGACCACACUACGAUCCUGGCUGUGGUGGCUGUGGUGCUGUCGUCUGUCUGUCUGCUCGUCAUCGUGGGACUUCUCAUGUUUAGGUACCAUAGGAGAGGAGGUUAUGAUGUGGAAAAUGAAGAGAAAGUGAAGUUGGGCAUGACUAGUUCCCACUGAGACAGACCUUUGCUCAAGGAAUCAGCGGAGGACAGCUACCUCUGAGAAGCCACAAGUUGCUUGCCAGCUCCACAGAAGGAAAGGACUUCACAACUAGCCACGGAGACUUCUCCAUGUCCAGUUGCUAUCUUGAUUGGGCCUCCCAUAAUUGCUUUACCAAAAUACCAGAACCUUCACGUGCGAAACAGAGUAUGUCCAGUGGGAUCUGGAUCCACGGAAAGUGGAAGUGUGUGGCAUCUUCAGGACCUUCUGAUUUUCCCCACCAAACCCACUCCUCUCUCGAUUUAAAAAACAUUUAAAUACUUAUCUUCUGGAUUAAAAUCUCGGUUAAAUUUCAUAUGCUCCAGGAUCUUUGACUGAAAGUACAAAAAAGAGACAGAAAAGCAUGAAAGAUUUGUGGACUGGAAGAAAGCAACAAAGGCUGAGAAGCCAUGCACUCAAGUAGCCACCAACGGACCUGUAACUUGGACCCUCCGGAGCUGGAUUUGAUGAGCUAACUGUGAAAUACUGCAAGCCCAAGAACUCUGAAUUUUGGGACUUCUACCCAGAUGAAAAAAAUAACAACUAUUUUUUGUUGUUUGUUUGUUUGUAAAAUGCCUCUUAAAUUAUAUAUUUAUUUUAUUCUAUGUAUGUUAAUUUAUUUAGUUUUUAACAGUCUAACAAUAAUAUUUCAAGUGCCUAGACUGUUACUCUGGCAAUAUCCUGGCAUCCCCACCGUCUGGCUCAAUGCUGUACUCCCCUGUGGCAAAUCUGAGAUCCUCUGUGACCCAUCUGUUUCUGAAGAUCUCCCAGGAUCAGAGAGCCCCAAGGAGAGUUCUGAUGGUUGGGAUGUAAGAAUUAACUUGGUCAGAGCCGCUCCAUGAGUCGGACUGCAGUCUCGCCUAGGCAGUUUUGUCUACCAUUUGUGUUUUGAAAGCCAAAGGUGCUGAUGUCAUAGUGUAACAGAUAUCAGUGUUUCCCUGUGUCUUCUCCCUGCCAAAUCUCAGAAGAGGCUGGGUGUCCACGCCUGUAGCUUCUCUGACUCCCCCCCACCACCCAUCCACAGAGUGGGCACGCGGUCUGCCUUGUGUCAAGACAUUUCUCUCACUCCUGCCAUUCUGGUGCUGCUCCAUGCAGGGUCAGUGCAGCAGAGGACAGUCUGGAGAAGGUGUUAGUGAAGAAAAUGCUGAGGAGGAACAGGGAAAAUUGGAGUUAACUGUUCCUGAUAAAUUGGUUAAUUCCCAAUUGCUAAGGAAAAGAUUAGAAGUAGGGGAAGCUGUGGGUAACCCCACCGCAUCACCAAAACUACCAAGGAGUGCUGUCAUGGUCUCUUCUGGAAGUUCUUGGUGCCAUUUUUGAACUGUUACAGCCUGUGUUUCCAAACCUGGUUCAUAUUUAUACUUUGCAAUCCAAAUAAAGAUAACCCAUUCUCCAUA